AAUCGGGACUGGAGGUGGGGGUCGAGUGGGAGGUGGAAGGACGCGGUAUUAGUCGCAUCCUCCCUGGGGCAAGGCUCACCGUCUCGGAGGAUGCUGCGGGGAUAGGGCGCAGAUCACUCUGCGCAAGAUGGGGAAGGACCACGAGCUCCUGCAGGCGGUGAAGACGGAGGACCUGCUCACGGUGCAGAAGCUGCUGCAGAGGCCUCGGCCCGGGAAAGCAAAGCUCCUUGGUUCUGCGAAGAAAGUAAACAUUAACUUCCAAGAUACUGAUGGGUUCUCUGCUCUUCACCAUGCUGCUCUCAAUGGGAACCUGGAGCUCAUCUCUCUGCUGCUGGAGUCCCAGGCCGCCGUGGACAUCAGAGACCAGAAAGGCAUGCGGCCACUCCAUUACGCCGCCUGGCAGGGCAAGGCGGAGCCAAUGAAGAUGCUUCUGAAGUCUGGUUCGUCGGUCAAUGGCCAAUCAGAUGAAGGACAGAUCCCGCUCCACCUUGCAGCACAGCACGGACACUACGACGUGUCUGAGAUGCUGCUUCAGCACCAGUCCAACCCCUGCAUCAUGGACAAUGCGGGGAAGACUCCUUUGGACCUGGCCUGCGAGUUUGGCCGCGUUGGGGUGGUCCAGCUACUGCUAAGCAGUAAUAUGUGCGCCGCACUGCUGGAGCCAAAACCCGGAGAUUCCACCGACCCCAACGGAACGUCCCCACUACACCUGGCUGCCAAGAACGGACACAUAGACAUCAUAAGGCUGCUGAUCCAGGCCGGGAUUGACAUCAACAGACAAACCAAGGCGGGCACUGCGCUGCAUGAAGCUGCACUCUGUGGAAAGACGGAGGCAGUGAGACUCCUGCUGGACAGCGGCAUCAACGCAGCAGUGAGGAACACAUACAGCCAGACUGCCUUGGACAUUGUCUACCAGUUCACUGCUACACAGGCCAGCAGAGAGAUCAAACAGCUGCUCAGAGAUGCGUCAGCAUCUCUUCAGGUUCGGGCGGUGAAGGACUACUGCAACAACUACGACCUGACCAGCCUCAACAUCAAGGCCGGCGACGUCAUCACGGUUCUGGAGCAACAUGCGGACGGCCGCUGGAAGGGCUGUAUCCAUGACAACCGAACAGGAAACGACCGCGUGGGCUACUUCCCGUCCACCAUGGUGGAGGUCAUCAGCAAGAGGACAGGUCUGGCCAGCACAGUCAUUUGCACUCAACAGUUUCAAAAGAUACCACUGGUUCCCCCGGCGACGGUUGCCCCUGCCAACCCGGUAGUCAACGGCAACGAUGCCACGUUCCAUCAGAUCCAUAUCCUGCCUCCGCCACCUCCUCCUCCACCACCACAUUCCCAUCAGCCACUGCUACCACUUUUCACAUCCUUUGGCUAUCACAGGUCGCCCGCGACAACCCCACUGGGAGACACACCCACCACCCCAGGUUGCCGCGGCUCAGAGGCUAGCCCUCAUGGCUCCCCCACCCAGUCCGGGGGGCCCCAUGGCAGCUCCAGCGAGGAGAUCUGGGUACUGCGCAAGUCUGUGGCAGGGGGGGACCGCAGCAGUCUGGGCAGCUCUGGUAGUGUGACCAGUGUGAGGUCAUCGGGGAGCGGCCAGAGUACUGGCAGCGGGACACACAUACUGCACGCACAGGCUGAGGGAGUCAAGCUCCUUGCCACAGUGUUAUCCCAGUCAGCCAAAGCCAAGGAACACCUGCUGGAGCAGUCUAAGUCAGUGGAGCAGACUUCAGGCUCGGCUGCCUCAUCCCGUACAUCCAGCCAAUCGGGUUGUCCACUCCAUGAAGCCCCACCCUACGAUGCCACAGCAACGAGGAAAGGGGAGGGGCAAGUUGAGGGGAAGAGCUCAGAGGCUGUUGUCCAAUGGCUGAGCGACUUUCAGCUGCAGGUCUACGUUCCAAACUUCCUGGGCGCUGGGUAUGACUUGCCCACCAUUAGCAGAAUGACUCCGGAGGAUUUGACGGCCAUUGGCGUGACCAAGCCGGGACACAGGAAGAAGGUGACCUCAGAGAUAAACAAGCUGAGUGUCACUGAAUGGCUACCAGACCAGAAACCAGCCAGCCUAGGGGAGUGGCUGUCCGCUGUCGGCCUGAGCCAAUACCACCAGGUGUUGGUGCAGAAUGGCUAUGAGAACAUCGACUUCAUAACGGACAUCACCUGGGAGGACCUACAGGAGAUUGGCAUCACCAAGCUGGGUCACCAAAAGAAGCUGAUGCUGGCUGUGAAGAGGCUGGCUGAGUUGCAGCAUGGCUCAGAGGGCCGCGGCUCCUUCAAGAAGAAGCCUCCACCAAUCACACAGCAGCAGGAAGUCAUGUCCAUUGAGAGCCCGCCCCCAGAUGAGGUCAUGUCUCCCAGGAUGACCACCUUCCAGGACAGCGAGCUGAGCACCGAGCUGCAGAGCGCCCUUAUCCAGCCAGGGCCCGAGGUCAAGACCCAGCGCAGCCGCACCCUCAGCAAGGAGCACGACGAGGUGCUUGCUGGAGGACCUCCAAAGAAGGAGGCACGGACCAUGAGGCAGCAGAGCAGCACCACCUCCACCAGCUCCUCGUCCUCCUCGGCCGCCCCGCGUGGCAGCGUGUCGUCGCAGGGGAAGCCCCGCCACUCGCACGGCCACUCCCACGCCCACUCCCAGCCCGCGCCCCCCUACACCCCCCCGCACACCCCCACCAAGACCCGCACCUCCUCCUCCUCCUCCUCCUCCACCUCCUCCUCCGUCCAGAGCACCUCCGCCUCCCCGCAGGGCCCCAAGGCCAAGCCGGGGCCCCAGCUCAUCCAGGGGCCCCUGUCGCCGCGGGCCCACCGGCCCCAGUCUCCCACGAGCCGCGGCGUGCCCAACGCCCAGCCCCAGGCCAACGCCCACCACGCCCAGCCGCCGGAGGCCCGGUCGGAGCUCCCCCAGAGCCAGGUGCCCGUCCCGCUCCUCUGCCUCCCCCCGGAGGCGGAGCAGGGCGACGACGGGGGGGCCGGAGAGCCCAGCGCCCUGCAGAAGAAACGCGCCCACAGCCUCAACCGCUACGCCGCCUCGGACGGAGAGUGUGACGAGAGGGCUGGGGGAGGGGGAGGAGGAGGAGGAGGAGGAGGAGGAGGUGGAGGAGGAUUGGAAACGCCCGGGUUUCAGGGCGCAGGGGGAACUAGCGGUGGUUGUGGUGGUGGUGGUGGUGGGGGUGGAGGCGGCGGCGUCGGUGGGGGGAAAUACGCCACGGUGACCCACCGGGUGAGCCGCAGCCACUCGGUGCGCAACCAGGAGAAGAACGUCAACCGCAGCCAAUCGCAGUCCUUCGCCCUGCGGCAGAAGAAGAAGGGGCCGCCCCCUCCGCCGCCCAAGCGCUCCAGCUCGGCCAUCUCCACCUCCAACUCCAACCUGACGGAGGCCCCGCCCACCCACAGCAGCGCAGGUGGCCUGCUGGACGUGCCGUACCUUCAGCAGCGCCGCGCCAGCGACCUGGGCGUCUCCGUGGAAACCAACAGCAUGGGAAGCGUGCGGAGCAUCGCCGCCAUGCUGGAGAUGUCCUCCAUAGGGGGCGGGGCCAAGGGCAUGGCGCUGCAGAGGAACUUCCUCCAGGUGGCGCCGGGCGGCAAGAUGCGGGACGCCAUCGGGCUGGACGGCGAGGUGGUGAACCGCCGGCGAACCAUCAGCGGGCCGGUCAGCGAGCUGGUGGCGGCCGCCCGGCGGGACCAGCCCAUGGUCCUCUCCCUCGCCCCCGCCCCCAGCCGCAAGCCCGCUCACACCGCCGCCCCGGAGCAUCACAACGACUGCCCCCGUGUCACGCAGCCCGUCGCUCAGCCCUCGCCCUCUGCCGCCAUCGCCACCGCCGCUUCCCCCUCCUCCUCUUCCACCACCUCCUCGCCGCCCCUGCCCUCGUCCCCCCGGCCCGGCUCCAUCGUGGGCAGCGCCUCCCCCCAGCCAGGCUCCGGCGGGGGCAGCUCGGCGGAGAACAUCCCCUUCGCGGAAGAGACGGACAUCACCGUCCGCCGUCCAGGACGAGGAGAGGGAGAGGGACAGGGGGACGACGGCGGCGUCCGCUCCGACGGCGUGGGCGGUCUCCACGGCGACAGCGUCUACACCCAGGAGGACCUGUCCCGGGUGGACGCCACGGCCACCAUGAAGCGCCGGCCGCGCGGCUCCAGGCCCGCCGGCGACCCCAACGGCUCCCGCUUCACCCUGCAGGAGUCGUCCACCGUCAAGCGCCGGCCCAAGAGCCGCGACAAGGAGCCCGAGGGCUUCACCGCCGACCUGGCCCGGUCCAACGGAGGGCCCGCCACCGCGCCGGCUCACGUCCCCCAGGCUAACAACCCCCAGGCCAACGACGCUCACGCCAACGACGCUCGCGCUAACGACGCUCAAGCUAACGACGCUCUGCCGUACCAGAACGGGACGGGCACCAUCCGGCGGCGCCCGGCCUCGUCGGAGGCCGCGGCCGUCACGGAGCAGCCGACGGCGGCGGCGGCGCCGCCCCAGAACCAGCUGCUGGCCCAGGCCUCCGCCGUGCCCCGCCGAGAGAGCCUGGACAAGGGCGCCGCCGACGGGGCGCUGGCGAGGAAGCCCAAGCCCCCGGUGUCUCCCAAGCCGGCGAUGGCCCAGAUCAAGAGGCAGGCGACGGCACCCACGCAGAGGAUCCCCCUGCCGGGUCCCGGGACGCCUGGAAGCCCAGGUAACGCUCGUGUGGGAGUGCCUUAUUGUGAAGGGAGGAAGAUCCCGCCCCCGGUGUCCCCCAAGCCGGCGCCCCCGCCGACCGCCCCCAAACCCUCCAAGCUGGUCCACUCCAUGACCACCCCCGGACCCCCCGCCGCCGCCGCCAUCACCACCGCCCCCGUCCGGCAGCACUCGGCUCCGGGACGCCACGCGCCGGGCUCCUCCCCGCCGUCCCUCAUCUCCUCCCCCUCCCCCCCCGGCGGCCCCCCCGGCUCCUCCAGCCCCACGGCCCAGAGCCCCCACACCCCCCUCACCCCCCUCACCCCGGGGACCCCCACCACCCCGGUCACGCCCGCCACGCCCAGCCCCACCCCGGCCCCCGUCAAACCCCCCCGCUCCUCCAUCGGGGGCGUGUCCGUGGACAGCGGGAUGGGGGGAGGGGGAGCGGUACAGAACGCGGUGGGCCACGGGGCGUGCCCCCCAGACUUCGGCGUGGACUCCCUGGUGCACCAGAAGCUGGAGGAGACGAGCGCCUCGCUGGCGGCCGCGCUGCAGGCGGUGGAGGAGAAGAUCCUGAGGCAGGAGAACAACUCUGUGGUGGAGCAGAAGAAGACAGUCAGCAUCCUGGAUGACAUCGGCAGCAUGUUCGAUGACUUGGCCGACCAGCUGGACGCCAUGCUGGAGUAACAGCCGCAACACCACGGAAACUGCCGCCGCAUUCGCCGCAUAUCCAUGGCAACCACCGCAUCUCAAUGGCAACCAACGUAACUCCUUGGCAACCAUCGUAUCUCCAUGGCAACGGCGCAUCAGGAGCUUAUAAAAGGGAGACACAAUAAAGCUCUCUCUCUCUCUUCCGCUAUGUCACUUGCUCUUUCUCUUAUGCUCCUAAUCUCUGUCUCUCUCUCUCUCUCUCUCUCUCUCUCUCUCUCUCUCUCUCUCUCUCUCUCUCUCUCUCUCUCUCUCUCUCUCUCUCUCUCUCUCUCUCUCUCUCUCUAUCUUCGUUGUAAUCUAAGUCAUUCCUGCUCCUGCCCUUCUCUGGAUGGCCAGACUUUUGGCAUCUCUCCUAUUGGAAUGUGGGAAAGCUCUUCUCCCUUCUCCCUUCACACUCCUCUGCACAGCUCCGGCCUUUUUCUACUGCGGCUUUCCAUACGGACGAUGAUGAUGAUGAUGAUGAUUAUGACGGUGAUAGAGAUGAUGCACUGUCGGGGUUGAUGUGAUCCAGAACUUGACGGACUGCCCUGUCCACCUUUGGCGUCAGAGAGAGAGAGCUCUGGUCGAGGAGAGACGGACACACUGACAAAGAGAUGCAUAUGGAUUUAAUGGAAAGGGCGAGAGAGAGAGAGAGAGAGAGAGAGAGAGAGAGAGAGAGAGAGAGAGAGAGAGAGAGAGAACAAGAAAGAGAGAAAGAGAGAACACAUGUGAAAGUGAAUGUGUCUCAGCAAAGAGGACCAGGAGACUGCGAAACAGCAAAAAAGUGGUAUGAAAUUCAUGAGUUCGCUGAUAAAAAUCAGAGAUUGUUUUGAAACCCCUCGUCCACCCGUAAUACUGCUAGUACUACUGCAACGACGGAGACGAAAACAAGAGACAACUAAAGACUGAAAAAGAUAUUAAAAAUUAAAAAACAAUGGUGUAUUAAAUCAUAGUAUGGUAUGUGUAAAUUGUAAGCAUGGAGAGUUUAUAUCUACUGAAAAAGUCCUGCAUUAGCACAGUAAUAUAUAAAUAUAUAUAAUAUACAGAACAAUAAUGGGAACCUCUAGCUCUUUGGUUUGAUGUGUUGAUUCUGUGUGGAAUGGUGCCCUCUGGUGUUGUGAUGAUGUAAUGACUUGGUGGAAACUUUUUUUUAACCGUGACCAAAAUAAGACCAUUUCGCUCCUAAAGGCUUAUAAUGUAUGUGUGCGUGUGAAUAUAUGAGUCAAUACGCAUGUGUGAUAUAAGGUUUGCCUGUUUGUUUGUGUAUGUGUUUGUUUGUAUGUGAUUAGUCUGGAUGUGCGUGUGUGUGCGUGUGUGUGUGUGUGUGUGUGUGUGUGUGUGUGUGUGUGUUCGUGUGUGUGUGUGUGUGUGUGUGUGUGUGUGUGUGUGUGUGUGUGUGUGUGUGUGUGUGUGUGUGUGUGUGUGUGUGUGUGUGUGUGUGUGUGAGCGUGCACGACUCAUGCUAAUCCAUUCUCUAGAAAACACCGGCAGCAACAUUCAAAGCAUUGUCAUCGUUCAGCGAAUCAAUCUUUACAUUUGCACACACAUACACACCCACAGACAAAGGCACACACAUGCACACACCUAGAAGAAGCACAAAGACCUUGGUUGUUAGUGACCUGGCACUACACACACGCGCACACCCACACACAGAGGAGCCUGCACAAUGUGGUUGAGUGGCAAAGCUACCAGGAGGGGAGAAUUUCAACAAGGUGACAAGUACAAAGCCGGGGGAAACAUCUAGCAUUCUAUUUCAAACACAACCCUUAGGGAAUCAAGGAUCGAAGGUCGUAGUCUCGUGUUGAGGGAUGAUGACUGAUAGACCAUCGAUUCUAGGUUCGAAAUCCCAUAUACCCAGCCAUGUAGGCAUCCUUGACCAAGAAACCCUAACCCAUAGUUGCUCCAUAUGUGUAAAAACCUCCCUGUAAGUCGCGUUUGAUAAAGUGUCAGCAAAUCGAAUAGAUGGUAAAUAUUUAGAUGCUUCAGGUGGUGACAAGCAUGUGAAGGUUUGAUGGAGGGCUAAGACGUAGAUUAAGUGUUUUGAUUUCAUCGGUUGAGAUGGAAGGCUCAAAGGAAGUCCUUAAAAUGUCCUGAUGAGAAGCAAGUUGAUAGCUAUGCCAGUAGAGACUUCAGGUAGGAGAUGUAGGGAUGCUAUUGGAUCCAGCUAACUUACACUUGAUUCUGACGUACCUCCCUCUCCCUCAUGACUCAUGUCUCUCUCACUCUUUAAAUCUCCCUCUCUCUGUCUCUGCCCUCUCCACUCCUCUACCUUUCAACGACACACUCUCCCUAAUCACCUCCCCACAGAUACACCACGCAUUGCCAAGACAAUCGCUGUCGACACCACCGCACCAUGAUCACCAUUACCACCAUCAUCAUCACUAAUACCAUUGUGACGGCUUGGUCGCAAUACAGCAUGCAUGGCUGCCUGACUGGUGCAGCGAGGAAAGAGAAGGGUCCCAUAGGCAGUUGAGACAGUUAGAAUUUACUCAGAGCAAAGCUCCUAACAACCAAUCAAAAACGUGCAUGAGUUGCCGUGCAACGUUUCCCGCCUCUUCUCGCCAUAUGAAAAGAAAAAAAAAAUCUAUGUGUUUUAAUUUUGUUUGUUUUUUUACAGUUCUGUCGAUAUUCAAAAUGAAUCCAGAGAAUAAUUGUGGUAUUUAAAUGAUUAUUAUAAAGAGAUUAUAUAUAUAAAUGGAUAUUUACGACGACAAAAAGAAGUGAAGUAUUUAAUGAUGUAUGUGUUAAACCUGAAGGCGUCUUUUCUUUUGUGUAGAAGCAGUCCGGCUUCUUUAUGCUUUGAUAGUGGUGUGAGGUGAUGACGUUAUUGUGAGACGCCAUUUUGGAAUAAAUGUCCAUUUCCAGGGAAAGCUUCUUUUUUUAUUUUACAUGUGUCUAGGUGUGGCACUGGUAUAAAAUACAAUUAUAUCUCUAUCUUUGAUCGUUAUAAAUUUGUUUGUGCAAUAUUAUUUUUCUUUCAAACAUGUGCCUUGCCUUGUUGUCUUUUUUGUGUUAUGACCUCAGAGGGGUACGUCUGCUGAAGGGGUUUGCAAAAAUGUAUUUAGGUUGUCAAUCUUAUGUUGAGGUUUUGUUUCCGUCAAGCUGGUCUGUUGCGUUCAGUGUUCAGCUAUGCUAGUGAACGUCCCGGAAUAAACGUGGAUUUCAAAAUCUUCCAAUAUCAAUUGAUCUAAUCCAACACAACUCCACCUCGCCCACACACACACACACACACACACACACACACACACACACACACACACACACACACACACACACACACACACACACACAAGGUCCUAUAACAACUCUGAAUGAUACUAAUUCUCUUUCUGGUUUAUAUCAUCUUGUGAAAUCCAAUGGGUCAUAAAUUGGAAACAAUCAGAAUUAAACAAUUUGUGUUUUGUGGCUUUUAACCAGGUCCUUGACACUAAAUCAUCGACAAAUCUCAAUCACCACCGCCAAUCAUCCAUGUGGUGAAAAUGGAGACUGUUCCUUACAUAACUCCCCCUGUUCUAUGAAAGUUGCUGUUCACUCAGAUAUGGGAAUUGUAGUUGAGCCAGGUUGAAGGUCAGGCUAUCUCUCUCACAUAUCUUACACAAAAUGUAUCAUCUCUCAUCAUUGUGUGUGUGUGAAUGUGUUCUUUAUUUAUGGUAAAAAAAAUAUCUAUAAUUUUCUUUUGUUUAAAUACCUCUUCACACGCCAUGUGGCUCUUCUAACAAUUUUUUCAAAGUAUGUUUAUGGGAACGGGUUCGAGUCCAAGCAGGAAAAAAAGGAAUUAUAGAUUUUAAAAAAACGUACCCAAUACAAAUGGUCAAUGCGUUGUCGAACAAAGCUCAGUCUUUACUUCCACCCCCAGCGGUUUAUAGUUUGCUUGUCCGCAUUCCAAACUGAUACCCGAUUGGUAUCUUCUAUGCUCUGCAGUGACAGUGUGAGAAAGUGUUUGCAUGUGUGUGUGUCUGUAUGUGUGUAUAAGAGAAUGAGAUGCUACUUUGUAUGAUGUCUGAAUGUGUGUCUGUGAGUGAGUGUGUGUAUAAUCUAUUAUGGACAGUCGUGUGCUUGCAGUGACUGCAUUUCAUGGACAUCUGCUCUGAAUAAAUAAAUGUU